UCAACAAACCUUCUCGUUUAAACGGGAAGCUUCCAGUGCUGCCGCUCACCAUCGUCUUCUCAGCCCGAAGAGUUAUCCCUGAUCUUGGUGCUCACCCUCGUCUUCUCCUUUCGAAGAGCCAUCCUCGAUCUCGAUCUCCGACUCCGUCUCCGAUGGAAGCAAUAUCAGGGAAGACUGUUCAAAAUGUGUUCCGAACUCAGGAUUGCCAGCCAAACCGGCAAUUGGAAACUUGUCAUCGCAGGGAAUGUUGUUCCUUUGGCAGAAGGAGCACAUAUCCCUUGUUUUGGUCUAAGUUAGCAUGUGCUGGCAUAUCAGCAAUGCAACUAUACACCUUACGGACACACCAAAUCAGCCUUGGGAAACGAGCAUGUGUCUAUUGCAAUGCUGUUCAAUUUGUGAGCGCUGCUUCAGCCUUUGAGAAGGUUGAUUUUCAGAAGCUUCAAAAUGGCAGUGAUAUUCGAGGUGUUGCCGUUGCUGGUGUUGAGGGGGAACCUGUAAGUCUUACAGAACGUGUUGCAGAGGCCAUUGCUGCUGCUUUUGCUGCUUGGUUAUGUGAUAGAAAGAAAUCAGAUGGGUCAAGACCUCUACGAGUCUCCAUUGGUCAUGAUUCUCGAAUUUCUGCACAGACAUUGCAGGAUGCUGUUUCUCGUGGGCUUGCGGGUGCUGGAUUUGAUGUUAUUCAAUAUGGUUUGGCUUCCACUCCAGCAAUGUUCAAUAGCACUCUUACAGAGGAUGAAGAUGUUUUUUGCCCUGUGGAUGGAUCCAUAAUGAUAACAGCCAGUCAUCUCCCUUACAAUCGCAAUGGGUUAAAGUUUUUCACUAAUGCGGGGGGCCUUGGAAAAGCUGAUAUUAAAGAUAUAUUAGAGCGUGCUGCAAUUAUAUAUGACAAUUUCUCUAAUGAUGCUUUAAAGGAGUCAGAGCUAGCCGUGUCUGCUGCUGUUAGAAAGGCAGACUAUAUGAACAUAUAUACAGCUAACCUGGUAGAAGCAGUUCGUAGGGCUGCGGGAAAUAUAGAGAAACCAUUGGAGGGGUUUCAUAUUGUUGUCGAUGCUGGAAAUGGAGCUGGUGGAUUCUUUAUGGGAAAGGUUCUUGAGCCUUUAGGUGCGGUUACCUCUGGAAGUCAGUUCCUGGAGCCUGAUGGCUUAUUUCCAAAUCAUAUACCAAAUCCUGAAGAUAAAGCUGCAAUGAGAGCUUUAACACAGGCAGUUCUUGAGAAUAAAGCUGAUUUAGGCAUCAUCUUUGAUACAGAUGUUGACAGAUCUGCUGCUGUAGAUUCCAGUGGUCGGGAGUUUAACCGCAAUAGAUUGAUUGCCUUGAUGUCUGCUAUUGUUCUUGAGGAACACCCUGGAACAACUAUUGUAACAGAUAGCGUGACUUCAGAUGGCUUGACUGCAUUCAUUGAAAAUAAGCUUGGGGGGAAGCAUCACAGGUUCAAAAGAGGCUACAAGAAUGUUAUUGACGAAGCGAUUCGUUUAAAUUUUGUUGGUGAAGAGUCUCAUUUAGCUAUUGAAACCAGUGGCCAUGGAGCUCUGAAGGAGAACCAUUGGCUUGAUGAUGGAGCCUACCUUAUGGUUAAAGUGCUGAAUAAACUUGCUUCUGCAAGAGUUUCAGGUUCGGGUUGUGGCAGUAAAGUUUUGACUGAUAUGGUUGAUGGAUUGGAGGAAGCUGAAGUGGCAGUGGAAUUGAGGCUGAAGAUUGAUCAGAACCAUGCAGAUCUCAAAGGAGGAUCUUUUCGGGACUAUGGAGAGGCGGUACUGAAACACUUGGAGAACAUGAUUACUUCAGAUUCAAAAUUGAACAGGGCACCUGUCAACUAUGAAGGGGUUAGAGUGUCGGGUCAUGGUGGAUGGUUCCUGCUAAGGCUUUCUCUGCAUGAUCCUGUUCUUCCAUUGAACAUUGAGGCACCAAGUUUAGAGGAAGCGGUUAAACUGGGGCUUGCCGUGUUGGCUGCUGUAAAAGAAUUCGCUGCUCUAGACACAUCAGCACUGGACAAAUUUGUUCAAGGCUUAUGAUAAGUGUAUGUUCGACUGUUUAUGUAAACAGGUUACGCCAAGGGACUGCCCACUCUGGCCUGCACAGCCGCGCCAGUACUGUGUGUUUUAUCAAUAAAUGUUUGAGCCAUUUUCUAUUUUCAGCAUAAUGACUCAACCCUCCCUUCAAGUUGGGAGUUGCAACUAUUUUCAUCUUCAGUUUUAAAGCACAGAGGUGGUGUUGUGAUUA